GCGGAAGUGCUGCGCGUGGUGGAUGUCAAGCUUUCAAAUAUUCUUGUCUUCGCUGCUGAGGCCGAUGCAGCAAGACCCCUGAAGUGGCUCAUUUGCCUCGCGGACUUCGGCUCAGCUAUCAUCAACAACCCGCAGGACCACCUUCGGGCAUCUACGCCUUGGAAGGGGGGCCAGGAGGAAAAGCGCACUGUGUGGGAGCAGCAGGUUCGGCAGCAGCUGGUGUCUUUAAACCAAGGCACACUCUAUUCCAACCCCCCCGAAGUGCUGCGCGUAGAUGAAAGGGGCUUGUUGCGGCAGCAACAAGACCCUGACAGGGUUCUUGGCUUUUGCAGCAAGCGCCUGCUGCUGCGUUCAUCCUCUGUUGCUGCUCCUCUAAGCAGGGAUCGGCCCAUGGUUUCGAAACCAGCGCAUGUUUCAACAAAAGCCGGGACAGCAGCAGCAGCAGCAGUUCCAGCUGCUCCUGCUGCUGCCCCCGUGGCUAACGCUCAGUCUCCAUUGCAUGAAACUGCGGCAGCUGCUCCUGAUGCUUCUGCUGCCGCGCCCAGCAGAGCAGAUAACGACUUGGCUUCUCGAAAGGCCUCUGUUUUAAGCAGGGCUAGCAGCGGCAACAGCUGUAGCCGCAGCAGCAGCAGCAGCAGCAGCACUAACAAUAAAAUCCGAAGCCACAGUAAGGGCGCUGACGCAGAAACGCGCAUGCAUGCGCAGCUGUGUGACGUCUGGGGCUUUGGAAUUGCUAUUUGCGAGCUCGUUAAGGGAGGCGGCUGCUGCUGCCCUAGCGGCAGCAGCAGCAACAGCAGGUGUCCAUGCCGAACAGCAGAAGGCUCUCUCCGGUUCGCAGAGGAGGAGAUGCAGGCGCGCCGCAUUCUCGCUGAGCUUAGGGCCUCUGAGAUGCGAAAGGCAGCAGCAGCAGCCGCAGCAAGAGCAGCAGCGAGAGCAGCAGCAGCAGCAUCAAAAGCGGAAACAGCGGCAGGGAGAGACCCAGAACCUGAAGCAGCGGCAGGGGAACCUGCAGCUGUCGCACCAGAAGCAGCAGCGGAUGCAGCCAGAGGUGCUGCCGCUUCACCAUAUGAUAGUGCUGCUGCUGCUGCCGGUGCUGCUGCUGCUAUCCUAGCCAAAAGGGGAAGGACGCGUGUGCCUACUGCUGUAGAUCGGCGAGAGACACGCGGCUCCUCUCAGCGUCUUGCUGCUGCUUCUGCUGCUGCUGCUUCUGCUGCUGGUGCUGCUCCUGCUUCAGAAGCUACUAGAAAGAAAAGCUUUGCGAACGCUGUUGAGGCAGCUGUGGGGCCUGCUGCGUCUGUGACAAGCGCGUCCCCAGUAGCAGCAGCAGCAGCAGCACCAUUCGCAGCAACAGCAGCUCAACGAGCUGCCACUGGGCAGAAACCAGAAGCGAAAGGCAAGGCAAGGGAACAGCGGGAGGAAGGCCCCAAGGGCAGUUCAAUGCCGGCAGCAGCAGCAGCAGCAGGCGCAGGCGCUCCCGGAGACUUUGCGGAAGCCGAGGACGACAUCGGUGCAUGUAGUGGCAGCAGCAGCACAAGCAACAGGUACAGCAGCAAACUGUGUCUGCCCGCCUGUAUUAUGCAGUGGGUGGCAGAGAACGAGGCGAUUAGUUUGUAUUGGGCUGCUGUUCAUGAGCUGCUGGCCCAUGUCGGCUUGGGGCUGUUUCAAGUGCCACGGCAGCAGCAGCAGAAGCAGCAGCAGCGCCAGAAAGAGCAACCGCAAGAGCAGCAGGCUCUGUCGGAGCAGCAGCAGCCGCAGCGGCAGCAGCAGCCGCAGCAGCAAAAGCACCAGCAGGAACAGUGGCAGGAACAGCAGCGCCAGCAGCAGCAGCAUGGGGAAGUGCAGCAGCAACAGAAGCAUGGACCUCCAGCAGCUAGGAAGAUUCCAUCUGAUGAGACACUGCCAAGAGCACUGACUGAUCCUGCGUCUUCCUCUCAGCAGCAGCAGCAGGAGCAGGAGGAGCAGCAGCAACAGCAUCCGAAGUGCGAAGGGCCUGUGUGGCGGCAGCUGCGUGCUGCAAAUGCUGAGCAGCAGGAGCAGCAGCUUGCUGCUCUUGAAGAAGCCUGGGCGCCUGUGUGGGGCCUGCGGGGAGGGGAAGCUGGGGUUUACGCGCAGUUUGACAGCAAAUAUUUACGGCGUCUUGUCCUCAGCCUUCUUCUUGUCCGUCAGACUCACAACAUGUGCUCAGGGGGCGCGACGGCGCGUGCUGCUGCGUUGCAGCGGCAGCAGCAACUGCAACAGCACAGCCGCUGCAGCAGCAACUUUUGGUGCCUCCUAUCCCACCUCCUGGCCUUCGAUCCGCAGCAGCGCCUUCUGCUUCCUGAAGCUCUCGGGCAUCCCUGGUUCUACCCAGAUGAGGAGGAGCAGCAGCAAGAGCAGCAGCAGCAGCAAAAACACCCGAUUUCAGGGAAAGAUAGGAUGGCGCAGCAUGCUGCCGCAGCAGCAGCAGCAGCUGUUGCAGCGGCACAAGACGUCGUAAACACGGGCCCGCUCUUCGCCCCAGCCGAUGCCGAAGCUGGCCGACCCGGCAGCGGCAGCACCAAAAGCAGCAGCAGCAGCAACAGCAGCAGCAAUGUGUUUGAUCUCAUUGACUCUUUGCCGGGAUAUUUGUCUUUCCAUCUUGAAGCGGAGCACGACAGCAGCAGGCCCCUGCGCCUCAGGUACAAUGCACCUCCCAAAGGACCGUUGCCGCUGCAGCAGCAGCACCAGCAUUUGCAGCAGCAGCUGCAGCAGCAAACAAAAAGCAGCCAAGCCGUCCCUUCCGCCAACCAACUGGCAGGGACUCCCGCUACAGCGGAAACCGCGGCAGCAGGUGCAGACCAAAUGGAAGCCACACCAACAGCAGCAGCAACGGCAGCAGCAAAAGCAGUCGCGCCAGCAGCAGCAGCAGCAGCCGGGCCAGGCCUUUGCGGGUUCUAUGGAAAUGUGCAGCGAAGGCCUCACGCUUGGUUCUGCGGGGCACUUUUCGGCAUGCAGCAGCAGGAGCUGGAGCAGCUGCAGCAGCUCAGAGACGCGCAGCCGCAGCAGGAGCCGCAGGAGGAGUCGCGGCAACAGCAAAUGCAGCUGGAAGACAAUGACCAGCAACACGGGCAGCAAAAGACUACGAGUCAGCAACAACAGCAGCAGAAUGGGGAGUUCGGCUACGAAAAGGAAAACCAAAAGCUGCUUGAGGUUGGUGCUUCUAUUGAGUCUUCUCAGCUGCCGCCGCAGCAGCAGCCGCAGCAGCAGCCGCAGCAGGCGCCGUGUAGCCGUACUGGCAGCAACAACGGAAGCAGCUGCUCUAACAGCAGCAGCGAGGAGGAAGACGUACCCCCUUGGUCCGCCGCCCUUGUCCCUGCUUCCGUGCUGUCGGUAGCACAGCAGGAAGCAGCAGUGCUGCAGCAGGUGGAAGGCAGCAUCUACGGUGGGCGGGGUCUGCUGCUGCGGCUGCUGCUGGCCAUAAAGCAGCAACGGCAGCUGAGCUGGAGGCAGUGCUGCUCCUCUGCUGCUGCACACUACGUGGGCCGCCUGCUGCUGCGGUGGAGAGCAGUCAAGAGGAAACGCAGCAAAGCAGCAGCAGCUGCGGCCGCAGCUGCUGCUCUGAAGCAGCAGCAGCAGCGGGAGCACAUUAAGGGCAGCCACAGCAGCACUGCCAGCAGAACCAGCCGGCCUAAGAGGCCUUGGGAUGCAGCCGAUGCCCCCAGCUGCGUCUCGCCGCUUCAGCGCAGCAGCAGCAGCAGCGCUGCACUAUCUAGUGCUGCAGCAGCAGCAGGAAAAAGGCAGCGCACUGAUGAUGCUGCAGCAGGAACCCAUCCGUCACAGUCGCCUCACUGUUAA